UGUAACCGAGUCAGACGUAUCUCCUUACCUGUGUGAAAGUGCAUGGAUGUAUGCUGGUAUACGUGGUGUUUGCAUGCCUGACAGCGUGUGUCUGUGAAAGAGGGAGAAUAGGAAGACCAGCACCUGGCGUUAGCUGCUGCCAUGGAGAUAUAUGCUUAUUAUUUUCUGCACACCUCAGCUAAACAGUAAUGUCAGGUAUCCAUAUUAGCAAAGGUGAAUCUGCAGGCUCUGUGUGCAGUGAUCUUCUCCUAGUAUAGGCGUGAGCACAAAAUCGGCUGAGAAGUCAGAUCCCAAUGAAUCCCCAGAUGUCAGUCUCGGAAGGUCCAGCUUGAUCUUGACUUGAAUUUAGGCUGAUAGAAAUAUGCAUUGGUCGUUUUUCGCCAUGGAGGAUGAGGAGGAUCUACAUGCAAGGACAUUUCAAGGAAAAAUGAUGAAACAUUGAGGAGGUCACGGCUCUGGGAAGUAAGGGAGAAAUCAAAGCAAAGGCAGCACUAUGGAUUCCGAUGCUGCCGGCAAAGAUCUCAAGGCAGGAGCCACGAAAGAUGGCAGAAAGCUCAGAGGGAGCCUCCCUUCUCUAACAAACAGGAAUUCCCAGGACUGUGAACUGGAGGAAAAACAGUUGAUUGGGGACGGAGACGUAACAAUACAUGACGAGGAUGGACACUCUGGGGCUGCUGAAGACUCAACUGGUGGCGAUUCAACCUCGGGGCCCUGCCAAAAACCCUUAAUGGGAUUAAAUCAGAAAGAGCCGGCCUCUUCCCUGUCGUCCCCUGCACGUUCUUCUCUGCAGAAGUCAGUAGGGUUUGUAAAGGCGGACGCCUCGGAUCAAAUCCUGGCGGAUGUGGAGGACCCAAGUUCCAACCAGUCCACCUUUAUGCAAAGACAGUUUGCGGCCAUGCUACAACCGGCAGUCAACAAGUUCUCCCUGCGUAUGUUUGGCAGCCACAAGGCUGUGGAAAUCGAGCAAGAACGAGUUAAAUCGGCAGGAUUCUGGAUCAUACAUCCAUACAGUGAUUUCAGGUUUUACUGGGAUCUGAUUAUGCUGCUACUGAUGGUGGGAAAUCUUAUUAUACUCCCUGUGGGAAUCACCUUCUUCAAAGAUGAAAACACACCACCAUGGAUUGUCUUUAAUGUGCUUUCAGACACUUUCUUUCUAAUAGACCUUGUUUUGAACUUCAGAACUGGGAUAGUUGUGGAGGAUAAUACCGAGAUCAUUCUUGACCCUCACACCAUCAAGAUGAAGUACCUGAAGAGCUGGUUUCUGGUGGACUUUAUCUCAUCUAUUCCAGUGGAUUAUAUAUUUUUGAUUAUGGACUUGGAGGCAAGAGUAGAAUCAGAUGUGUACAAGACAGCUCGGGCACUUCGAAUUGUCCGUUUCACCAAAAUACUCAGCUUGUUAAGGCUUCUGCGACUCUCAAGGUUAAUUCGAUAUAUUCAUCAGUGGGAAGAGAUUUUCCAUAUGACUUAUGACUUGGCAAGCGCUGUUGUACGUAUCUUUAACCUCAUCGGUAUGAUGUUGCUGUUGUGCCACUGGGAUGGUUGCCUUCAGUUCCUCGUCCCCAUGCUUCAGGACUUCCCAGAAGACUGCUGGGUUUCCAUUAAUAAGAUGGUGAAUGAAACGUGGGGAACACAGUAUUCUCAUGCAAUUUUCAAGGCUAUGAGCCACAUGCUGUGCAUUGGGUAUGGUGCUCAGGCACCAGUUGGAAUGACUGAUGUCUGGUUGACAAUGUUGAGUAUGAUAGUGGGAGCUACAUGUUAUGCAAUGUUCAUUGGACAUGCCACUGCCCUCAUCCAAUCACUGGACUCUUCACGACGGCAAUACCAGGAAAAGUAUAAGCAAGUAGAACAAUACAUGUCAUUUCACAAACUGCCAGGUGACACACGCCAAAGGAUACAUGAGUACUAUGAACACCGAUACCAAGGGAAAAUGUUUGAUGAAGAAAAUAUUCUGGGAGAGCUGAGUGAACCACUUCGAGAGGAAAUUAUUAACUUCAACUGCCGCAACCUGGUGGCUAACAUGCCACUGUUUGCCAACGCAGAUCCCAACUUUGUAACAGGCAUGCUCACAAAACUGAGAUUUGAAGUGUUUCAGCCAGGUGACUACAUUAUCCGAGAGGGUACUGUGGGAAAGAAAAUGUACUUUAUCCAGCAUGGUGUAGUCAGCAUCCUAACCAAGGGCAACAAAGAAACCAAGCUUUCUGAUGGCUCUUACUUUGGAGAAAUCUGCCUGCUGACUCGAGGCAGACGUACAGCAAGCGUACGAGCCGACACCUACUGUCGUCUUUAUUCACUGUCUGUGGAUCACUUUAAUGAAGUAUUAGAGGAGUAUCCAAUGAUGAGAAGAGCCUUCGAGACGGUGGCCAUGGACAGACUUAACAGAAUAGGUAAGAAAAAUUCUGUUCUUCUGCGCAAAGGAGCAACGCACAGUAGUGGAUCUAUCAACAACCGAGACAAUGAAAUUAUACAACAGAUAGUGAAGCAUGACAGAGACAUGGCGCAUACUGUUCAAGAGCAGCAACAAACAGCAGUAACCAGAGAAAUGAGUUCGAGACCAGUCAUAUGGGAACCUUUGGUCCACGCACCACUGCAGGCAGCUGCUGCAACAACAAAUGUCGCCAUAGCCCUCACCCACCAACAGAAUAGGCAAGCUGCUAUUUAUCUGCCCCCUUCUUCUGCUUCUAGUCCACUCUCUCCUGAAGUGGCUCAGUUGACUCGACACUCCAGAAGGUCUCACCCUAGUCUUUAUGGUUCAAGACCUUCAUCAGGAAGUUCCCCUUCUGGAAUCCAGUCACAUCUACAAACACCUGCAGCUCAAUCACCAUCUUCUCCUCUUGUUCAAAGCCAGCAAUUUCCAGAAAGUACUGUGCAGGGGCCAUCAUCCACAGAAGUUACAGCUCAUUAUCAGCUGCGUAGUGCCACUGGAGGGUCAUCUCCUGGUUUAGGGCAACCACCCCAAAGGAUCGAAAGGCAAGCAGUUGUCAAGCAAACUGGGCUGGGGUCCCAGACUCAGCUACAUCAGUCUAAAGCAGCUUCCACCUCAGCAUCUCUGUUGCAGCAGUCAGUCGGUGCUUUAGCAUCUAGCCCAGAGCAUGGAGCAACACCUGGGAGGACUUUGCAUCAUAGCUUGUCUAGAGCAACAGGCUCUCGUGUCUUUCUUUCCAUGCAGCAGGCUUCAAGUACUCCACAACACCUGGUCAAACACAGAAGUAUCCAGGGUCUGCCAUUUGUGAAGUUAACUCAGGAUGCCAGGCUCUUGUCUGCAUCUCAGCCAGCCUUGCCCAAUAAAACUGCACAAGCACAACAAGUGUGUCCUUCUCAUGAUACUAGGAAGUCAUCUGGUAAUAUCACACAUUUGUCAUCCCCCUCUGUUCCUGGACUUCUAGCCAAACCAUCCACUGGCAGCAUGGGACAGAUUGUUUCUUCACAGGUAGUCUCUGGACCUACUGCUGCACCUAAAAGAGGAUCUGUGGGAACAUCAGCCACCCCAUCUGCACCUUCACUGCCUAGAGACCACUCCACACCCAGAAAAAGUUCUGUGGUUUUCAGUCCUGAAUUAGAAAGUGGGAGACCCAAACUCUCAUCAAACAUGUGAUGCUCAAUCCAAGGACUACUCAGUCUGACAUUUUAAAUUAUACUAAUAAAUGACAAUUUCACUAUAGAAAGUAGAACACCUAUGACCUAUAACAGGUGUGUGAACUCUCAUUAACAGCACUCUUAAACUGCACAGACACAGUUAGGAACUAUUAAAUGUGAGUAGAACAUUCCAGUAAGGAAGCAUAACUUCCUUUAAAAUUCUUGACUAGUAAUCAUAUGAAUAGAUUUAAAGUGCAAUAUAAAAGGGAAUUGUAUCCCAGAAAAGGCCUUUGUCAUUUAAAGUCAUAGAUGCUAGCUAAGUGAAAUAUUGCCAACUUUGGGCAGCAAGUCCAACCUGAGCUCAAAUCUAUCACACCAUAGUAUUCGGGUUAAAGACCAAAAUAUUUAAGGUAAUUUUUCAUCAGAUACCAGUGACUUCUCAGAGAAAACCUUCUCUUGAGGGGUACUGUCUUAUCACUAGUUAUAGAAACAGAUGAUAUCCAAUAUCCCACUGCAUAGUGGAUGAGAUAUAAGGACUUAAAGUGCCCUUUGACAGUAAUUAACUUAUUGCAGUAAUGUGUGAUGAUGAUUUUGACAUCAAGGGACCAAGGACUGCUGUACCAUCGACUCAUAUCCUUCCAUACUGCCUUAGAAAUUAACUCUUCAGAUGAAUCGUGUAACUCACA